AUGUCCUCUGGGAAAAUAGGUCCCAGCUUCUCGCCUGCGCCGACUAUCGGGCGGAAACUCGGCGCUGCACGAUACUCCUUUCUUCAUGUUGCAGCUUUAGCCAUUGUUCUUGCGCUCGCCCUCGCCUGGACUGGGCUCAACCCGCUAGGCUCAUACCCUACCUUUGGGGCUUUCUCUGGCAGCAAGCCUAUCUUUCGGGCCCAACGGGAGGAGCUCCUCGCUCGGUGCGCUGCUGUCAGAGUGAUUCCUGGCCCACCUCCCAAUUUCUGGGGGAGAGACAAAUCCGACAGGUUCGAACCCGGGACGAACGGCACCUUGAUUCGCAAUGCGAAGAUCUUUACUGGCGAAAAGAAUGGCACUGUCGUCAUCCACGGGGACCUAUUGCUCGACAAAGGGAUAAUUAGAGGCAUCGGGGAUAUACCGGGUGGUGUUAUUGAUAGUGUGGAGAACUUGACGGUGGUGAACGCCAAUGGCGCGUGGGUGACGCCCGGACUUGUGGAUCUGCACUCGCACAUCGGUAUCCUCAGUUCCCCCAUCUUGUCAGGCGGCAUCGACCUUGAUUCUCCCCAUGGACCUAUUGUCCCCUGGCUGAAGAGCAUUGAUGGACUUAGCACUCAUGACGAAGCUUUCCAGUUGGCCAUCGCCGGCGGUGUCACAACUGUCCAGGUUUUACCCGGCAGCAAUAAUGCGAUAGGCAAGUACAUGCCCUCGUUACCCAAGACUUCGACUGAUAUUGUCAAAGGUGGCCAAUCUUUCUUUGUGAAGCUGCGGAAAACGUCAGACCGGUCUGGAUCUUCUAUGAUUGUCGACCCUCCAUCUUCCUUAACCAGCGCUGAUGACCUCAACGCCCCAUUUCGUUGGAGACACAUGAAACAAUCCUGCGGGGAGAACCUCAAACGUUACGGAAACCGAAUGGAUACGAUGUGGGCGCUUCGGUCAGCUUACAGCCAGGCAAGAAAGAUUAUGGUUGCUCAAGACGAGUAUUGCGACUUGGUGGAAAACGGUCUUUGGGAUUCCAUCACUGGCCCAUUCCCUGAGAAUUUGCAAUGGGAGAUCCUCGUCGAUGUCCUCCGCGGCAAAGUGAAGAUAUCCAAUCACUGUUAUGAGGCGGUCGAUUUGGAUGCCCUAGUCCGGCUUACGAACGAAUUCAAGUUCCCUAUUUCAUCGAUCCAUCAUGCUGCAGAGGCUUGGCUUGUCCCGGACGUUUUGAAAAGAGCAUGGGGAAACGUGCCAACCGUUGCGUUAUUUGCGACGAACCAUAGGUACAAGCGGGAGGCAUAUCGAGGGUCAGAACAUGCACCUCGUGUUCUCGCUGACGCUGGUAUCCCGGUUGUUAUGAAGUCCGACCACCCCGUUUUAAAUUCACGGUACCUGGCCUAUGAAGCACAGCAAGCUCAUUACUACGGGUUGCAGCCCCACCUAGCGCUCGCGUCGAUAACCUCGACCCCGGCCACGGCUGCUGGACUUGCUCAUCGUAUCGGAGUGCUGAAAAAAGGCGUUGACGCUGAUGUAGUUAUGUGGGAUUCACACCCGCUCCAAUUAGGUGCCACGCCGGUGAAAGUCUGGAUCGAUGGCAUCCUUCAGGUUCCGGUCCAAUCGAAGGGCGGGGGGCACGAUAAUCCAAUCGAGAUUGGGAAGGGUAAAAGUGGAGAACAUUGGAAGAGGCCUCCUACCGUCCCUAACUGGGAUAAAGAGCGUGAAGAAGCUCUGAAAUGGGAAGGACUGCCUCCUCUCAAAGCUCGCAAUUCGGAUAACCAUAUCGUCUUUACGAACGUAAAGAAGGUCUGGACCAGGAAACUUGGUGGAUCAAUCGAAGAUCGGCUCCAGGGAUUCAAUGUCGCAGGAAAUGGAACAAGAGGUGUAAAUGUAUUGGUCGAGAACGGGCGAAUCACCUGCGUUGGGGGUUCUUCGUGUUUGACGGGCGCCCAGGAGGCAGAGCUUAUCGACCUGAAAGGAGGAUCUAUUUCUCCAGGCCUGAUGUCCUAUGGCUCCGCACUUGGCCUCGAAGAAAUUGCCAGUGAGCCAUCGACAGCUGAUGGACGUCCGUUCGAUGCGCUUAAGCACAAUGUGCCAAGGAUAUUUGACGAUGUCGGUGGACUCGUGCGGGCUGUAGAUGCCUUGAUGUUCCAAACACGAAAUGCGCUGCUUGCUUACCGGUCUGGCGUAACCUUCGGGACAUCGUCGCUGGCCACCCCAAUCUACCUUGGUGGAGAUUCAUCGCAGUUCCUGGCAGGGCUAUCUGCGGCUUUCCGCACCGGGGGAGCACAUUCAAUGGAACGAGGAGCUAUCGUCCAAGACGUUGUCGCCCUCCACGUCGUAUUAGGAAGGGCUCACCCACUCAUACCGGGUGCCGUUAGCGUAAGCUCACAGUUAGCGACAUUGAGGAGGUUGUUGCGUGGGUGGGAGUCAAGGGACAAGGAAACCGGGUACUGGUUCAGAAAGGCUGCAGAGGGUGUGGUUCCAUUGAUCGUCGACGUCGACAGUGCAGACAUCAUGGCCUCAUUGUUGAUCUUGAAAAUGGACAUCGAAAACCGGAUUGGGUCCAGAAUGCGGAUGGUGUUCAGCGGAGCUGCCGAAGCGCAUCUCCUCGCCAAAGAGAUCAGCUUCGCGGACGUGGGGGUGAUUCUGAACCCAGCGAGACCCUAUCCGAUGGUCUGGGAUCAGCGUCGAAUUUUACCUGGGCCUCCACUUACCAACGAUACGGCUCUGAUAACCCUUCUCGAGAAUGAGGUGGUUGUCGGCCUAGGCGUCCGAAGCGGAUGGGAGGCACGACACGCAAGAUUCGACAUUCAAUGGGCUUCCCUGGAGUCCAAUGGUCGUAUCGAAGAACGUCAAGCCUAUGCAUUGGUCACCACGGACCUUGAGAAAUUGCUUGGAAUCCGCGAGGUCGGCGAGGAGACGGCUGAUUUAGUCGUGGUGGAAGGAGGUACCAUCUUUGACUUAUCUAGUAAAGUGUCAUUCGUGGACAUAUUUAUGUACUGCCAGAACCCCGUUACUUUGGUUACGUCUGUUGUGACCGAGCAGCACACGUUAGACGACACCGAGCAAGGCAGCACUGCUCCUGAGACCCCGGUUUCGCGCAGCAGCAAGACUGAUGCCUAUGACGCUGAGAAGGAAGCCUGCAAACCUGAAAACCAAGCUAUAUGA